CCAAAGUUUGAGGUACCAUCACCAGAAUCUAAAUAUAGGUUGGGAAGAUCGGCUGUAUUAAGAUGUACUGUGACAAACAUUGGUGGUAGAACGGUGGCGUGGUUAGACCAGAAAGGUAAUGUUAUCAGUCUAAGAAAGAAAGUUAUAAAUGGUGAUCAGAGAUUACGGAUUGUUCACACUGCCAGAGAAGAAUGGAGUUUACAGAUUAAGAAAUUAAGAGAUGAAGAUUUCGGACGUUAUACAUGUCUGGUAAAUUCUAACCCUGUGAUAUCAAGAUCUGUUUUGUUAAAAAACACAGGUCCAUCCUUGUCACCACCAUUUUUGAACCUACCUAAGAAGAAAUAUGAGAAAAAAGAAGGUGAAUCUGUUGAUUUAGAAUGUUUGUUUCAAGGAUUCCCUAUACCAGUAGUAACCUGGUAUCGACGAAUUCAAGUUGGAAAUAGAAGGCGGAAAGAGGUUCUAAGCCAUAAAGGAAUGAUUUUAAAAUUAACUGAUAUUAAACCUGGUGAUAGUGGAGAUUAUUAUUGUACUGGUAAAAAUGGUGUACAGCCACUUUCUAGAGGAAAAAUAAAACUAAAUGUAGAAGCCGGAGCUAGAGUGAAAUUGGUGGUGGACAGAAUUGGUCAAAGGAAAGGAAGAGAUGCUUAUCUUGAAUGUAUGGGUAUUGGUAUCCCGUAUCCUACAGUGUAUUGGAAACGUCAUAAAUCCAUAAUACACAACGACUUUCAACACAUUACAUCACAUACAAAACAUAAUGAAUAUACCUCCCAUAGUAAAUUACAUAUAAGAUAUGUGGGAACCUCAAACUAUGGCGUCUACGAAUGUGUUGCUACUAAUUCAUUGGGAUCUGAUGUUGCUAUUGUUGAGUUAUACGGUAAGCAGUGGGUGUACCCACGACUUUCUUGCAAUGAGAUACAAUUUAAAUUCACUUGUACCAUACAGCAUUGCUAG